GAUGAAACAGGUGAAAGGGAAAACACAGCGAUAACGCGAGAUAACUAAAUCGCACGCUGUCUCCUCUUUAUGUGAGUCAAACGCACAUUGGCUCGCGCCAGGGGAAAGUAACGAGCUAAUGCCAACCCUUCCCCGAAAACAUAAUAAUCAUUUGUUUUUCUGGGUUGCAUGCUGUUGACCAAUUUCUUCAACGUCAUCAUCACCUGUGGUGAAGGAAGCUGUAACCUACUCCUUCCCGGCAGUGAGCAGCGGCUUCCCAGGCUCUGCAGCGUCAACAACACAGCCCGUUGCUGAUUCAACUAAAUAUCUGACGGAGAACCAAACAUGUCGACAGGGAGGAAAACAACGUUAAGUGAAAACACACUCUUUGGGAUGGGAAAUCCCUUGCUCGACAUUUCAGCUGUUGUGGACAAAGACUUCCUUGACAAGUUUGGACUAAAGCUUAAUGACCAGAUCCUCGCUGAAGAAAAACACAAAGUCUUAUUCGAAGAAAUUGUCAAGAGGAACAAAGUUGAAUAUCAUGCUGGUGGUUCGACCCAGAACUCUGUGAAAAUUGCUCAGUGGAUGAUCCAGAAACCCCACAAGGUGGCUACUUUCUUCGGGUGCAUCGGUACUGACCACUUCGGGGAGAUCCUGAAGAAGAAGGCCGAAGAAGCCCACGUCGACGCACAUUAUUAUGAACAAAAUGAGGAGCCAACCGGUACCUGUGCCGCCUGUAUUACCGGAGACAAUAGGUCCCUUGUUGCUAACCUGGCAGCGGCAAACUGCUACAAAAAGGAAAAACACCUGGACUUGGACAGCAACUGGGAGCUGGUGAAGAAAGCCAAGGUCUAUUAUAUUGCGGGUUUUUUCCUGACUGUGUCCCCUGAGUCCAUCCUGAAGGUGGCGAAGCAUGCUUCAGAUAACAACAAAAUCUUUUGCAUGAACCUCUCUGCACCUUUCAUCAGCCAAUUCUUCAAAGAGCCUUUGAUGAAGGUCAUGCCUUACGUCGACAUCUUGUUUGGCAACGAGACGGAGGCGGCCACAUUUGCCAAAGAGCUGGGCUUUGAGACAGAUGACAUUGCAGAGAUUGCAAAGAAGACCCAAAACCUCCCCAAGGAGAAUAAGAAGAGGCAGCGAGUAGUGGUCUUCACCCAGGGCAAGGAUGACACUGUUGCAACUGUUGGUGAGAAGGUGACCAUGUUUCCUGUUUUGGACAUCGACCAAAACAAUAUUGUGGACACUAACGGAGCCGGAGACGCCUUUGUGGGAGGAUUCCUCUACGCGUUGGUCCAAGAUAGAGACUUGGAGGAGUGUAUCCGGGCUGGACACUACGCCGCCAAUGUCAUCAUCAAACGGGUCGGAUGCACUUUCCCAGAGAAGCCAGACUUUCACUGAUGCAUCCAAGCACUGCACCUUUGUCUUUUCCAUAAGAUACUUGUAUACGUAUGCUUCAGGAUUUUAUGUACAUUUUUUCUAUUUACAGUGACUGCAUGGGACUAAGUACUGCAGCAAAUAUGAAACUCAGAUGUUUAAAUACAACACAAACAAUGUACUAGUAUCAAAUAGUGGAAUAAAAUGGUAAUGUUUAAAGAAGCAUUCCACUGAAAAUCUAUAUUUUGAGUAUCAAAAACUAAACGCCUGUUGUUCUGAAAGGUGUCCAAAUUUAUCACCACAUUAACACUUUUCACACCACUUUUCCACCGUUUAACUGUAUGUUCUUCAUGUUACACACACUCUGGAUCUCCACAGCAGAGCUAAUCACUCCCAGUGUCUUAGCACCACUUCCUCAUAGCUCUGAAACUUUGCUGGAAGUAGUGUAUGUAUUUAUUUAUUUAUUAUUCGCAAAGCAACGGAAGUUUGGAUCAUACUGAAGAAAUGGAUCAGUAGUAGAGAAGCGCAUUAUCCUGCAGGAUAGGUUUGGACAUUUUUUACGGACGUGUUGCUCUAAAAAGUUUGUUGUUUGCUCCUUAAUGAAGGACGGCAGCUGUAGUCGGCAUCGCUUCACAGAAGUUACCAACGAUUCUAAUGGUGAUCCAGAGUCACGGCCAAAAAAA